UUCUCUCUUCACUGUCUCUGUCUCCGUUUGAUUAUACCUUCAAAACAUGUACGCAGGGGCAAUACACCGAAACUGUUAUAAUUAUUUUAUUAGAAAAUAAAAAAAGGAAGCAAAACGUCAUCAUUGUGAGUUUCAUUUUUGGCUGUGGCUUUGGUAUCUCCCCUUUGACAAAUCAUCGUGAAUUGAGAGGGUUUUGAUGCUCCAUAUAUCCCUCGACUUUGAUCUUCACCUGACAAUCUCGAAAUGUCCGGGCCGCUUGAUCGGUUCGCUCGGCCUUGUUUUGAAGGGUUCUCGGGUCAAGAUGAACGUAGAGAACGAAAAUCAGAUUUUGAGAACUCUGAGGAUGAUAGGCGAACAAGAAUUGGCAGUCUGAAAAAGAAAGCAAUAAAUGCGUCAAGCAGAUUCAGACAUUCUCUCAAGAAGAAAGGCCGGAGAAAAAGUGCCAGUCGUAGCAAUUCUGUUUCUAUUGAGGACGUUCGAGAUGUUAGGGAGCUCAAGGCGGUGGAUGCAUUUCGACAGGCACUUUUGUCGGAUAGCUUGUUGCCUCCGAAACAUGAUGAUUACCAUAUGUUAUUGAGAUUCCUUAAAGCGAGAAAGUUCGAUAUUGAGAAAGCAAAGCACAUGUGGGCCAAUAUGAUUCAAUGGAGGAAAGAAUAUGGCACAGAUACAAUUAUGGAGGAUUUCGAGUUCAGUGAGCUGAAUGAGGUUCUGCAGUACUAUCCACAUGGUUACCAUGGUGUGGAUAGGGAAGGAAAACCUGUUUAUAUUGAGAGGCUAGGCAAAGUUGAUCCUGGCAAGCUGAUGCAAGUAACUACCUUGGAAAGAUACCUAAGAUACCAUGUUCAAGGUUUUGAGAAAACAUUUGCUCUUAAGUUUCCGGCUUGCUCUAUUGCUGCAAAGAGACACAUAGAUUCAAGUACAACAAUUUUGGAUGUCCAAGGCGUGGGUUUCAAGAACCUAACCAAAUCUGCACGAGACCUCAUCAUGCAACUGCAGAAGAUUGAUGGUGACUACUAUCCGGAAACAUUGAGUCGGAUGUUUAUCAUCAAUGCUGGUUCUGGUUUUAAGCUGCUCUGGAGCACAGUGAAGACAUUUCUUGAUCCCAAAACUACUUCAAAGAUUCACGUUCUUGGCAACAAAUUCCAAGGUAAAUUACUUGAAAUUAUUGAUGCAAGUGAGCUGCCGGAAUUUCUAGGUGGUAGCUGUACUUGUAUAGAUCAGGGUGGUUGCAUGAGGUCCGAUAAAGGUCCGUGGCAAGAUCCAGAAAUUUUAAAGAUGAUUCUUAGCGGUGAAGUGCAAAAUUCCAGACAAAUAGUAACUGUUUCUAAUGAUGAGGGCAGGAUGAUUGAAUGUGAUAAGACCUGUUAUCCAAUGAUAAAAAGCAGUGAUACAUCUACAGCAGAAUCAGGAUCUGAAGUUGAAGAUAUCACUUCUCCCAAAGCAAGUGGGAAUUGCAUAAACCCUAGGCUGACUCCUGUCCAGGAAGAGGCUAGAUUGAUCAAUAGAACUAGUCUUGCUGGAGGCUUCUCUGAGUAUGACGAGUAUGUUCCCAUAGUUGACAAGGCUGUUGAUGUUGGGUGGAAGGAGAAGCAAACCACACCUCAAAAUUCUUUGAACUCUAUUGAGACAUCACUAUCAAGUAUUGAAAAGUCUCCUGAGGGGAUUUGUGCUUAUAUCUGGUCUCUUAUUAAGGGCUUCUUUGUUGCCCUCUUUACUUUUGCGAUUUCAUUAGCAUUUCAUAUCACCAAGAGAACCCAGCACUCGGAAUCUGAUUCUGUUCAGACUAUGGCUGACGUGCCUGAGCCCAUAUUCAAGGAGGAAUCCCGUCCUCCUUCCCCUGUUCCUGGGUUCUCGAAGGCUGAGGUCCUCUCAUCUGCCUUAAAACGGCUGGGUGAACUUGAGGAGAAAGUCGAUAUGCUACAAUCAAAACCUAAUGCAAUGCCAUAUGAGAAAGAGGAACUGCUGAAUGCUGCAGUUUAUCGUGUGGAUGCUCUGGAAGCAGAGUUGAUUGCCACAAAGAAGGCUUUAUACGAAGCGUUGAUAAAACAAGAGGAACUUCUGGCAUACAUAGACAGUCAAGAAGAAAGCAAAUCCAAACAGAGAAAGUUUUGCUGGUGAGGAGAAUUAUGUACAGGACGGUACAAAUCAAUGGGUAUUUUGUGUCUAUUCUACGUGUACAGUGGAGCUGCUCGAGAAUGUGCCUUGAAGUUCAUCGUCCAGUGAAAUCGUCAAACAUUGUAUUUUGGUGACAACUCGAGGGUCAUUGAACAUAGUCUGAAUGAUUAAUCUGGUUGUCUUUUUGUUCGUUCGUUUUCAUUAUUUUAUGUGGUGAAAGACUGAAAGUGAUAUAUGAGCCUUGAGAUAUGAACCACAGGUUCCACAUUGCGCGGUAAUCCACUUGCACUUGUGUUCUCACAGUUCUGUUGUGAAAAUCGGUUAAACUGUUCCAGGGGUCAUUUGCGAUACGCACGAAAGUUUUAUUUAGUUAUUAAUUCAGCGAUGCCAUGCGUAGAAA